AUGGUACGCAUACAUUAUCACAAAGUUGUAUGUCGAAAUGUUCGUCAUUAUGGAUUUCGUCCUGAUUAUCUACCUCCUCCGUGGUCAUCUGUAAUCUUAGAUACCACUUAUCAAUUAGUAUUUUUGCUUUAUAAUUAUUUGUUUUUGAAAAAAAUUAGUUUAUAUAAGCCGAAGCAUAGUUUUUUCUCCAGUUAUUUGUAUUAUGACAUUAAUACUUCUGUCAUUAUGUAUAAAAAGUUGCAGGAAUGA